GCACCAUGUCCUGGAAACAAGUCUCUCCUACUCGCUACGAGCGUUCCUUCGACUCGCUUGAGCGCUUUUAUCACACCGUGGCCGACGCCGGCGCCCCCCUGAACAAAGAACAUUACUUGAUCUCCUGCACUGCUCAGCUGCAGUCACCGCUGCCUCCCGCCGAUGCCGUCCAACAAGCCUGGAAAGCCUUGCGCCUGCAGCACCCACAACUAGCCGCUGAGGCCGAAGCCGAGGCCGAGGCCGGAUCUGGCCAACGCUUCGUCUACCAGGUACCAACCUCAGUGGCCGACCUGGACGCCUGGGCGACAGCCACCUUCCACGUUGUGGCCGAUCAGACCGCCGACGAGCUGUACGAGAGACUGCCACCGUCGCCGCGCUUCCAUCUCUACUAUCUGCCACGCACCUCAGCGCUCGUCUUCCGCACGCCGCAUUGGCGCAUCGAUGGCAUCGGCCUGCUGCAUCUCCAAUCGGCCUUCUUCCAACUGCUAGCAGAUGGCGCCGCCCCAGUCCUCGAUGGCUCCGAAGCCUCCCGUCUAUGUCCCGCCCUUGAUUCCGCCGUCGCCGCCUCCCUGUCCCCGCCAGCCGCGGAUGGGGAUGCAUCCACCGCAGCAAAGGCAGAACUCCAGCCCAUCCUUUCAGCCCUGAAAACAGAAGGGAUACUCUCCCUUCCCACCCUCCCCAACAUCCUCCCCACCACCUCCAAACGCCUCAUGAUCUCGCUCUCCCCCGAAUCCACCGCCCACAUCCUGGCUGCCUGCUCCGCCCGCAACAUCACCGUGACCGCCGCCGCCCACGCUGCCCUCGCCCUCGCUGCGCUCCCUUACUCAAAGCCCCCGUCCCCAAACCAGCAUCAACAACAACAGCAAACCUACAUCGGCUUCAACGCCUUCGACCUCCGAAAAUACCUCCCUCCACCAUGGAACAGCCCCGCUGCCGCCGUCUCCCCCUACCACGUUGGCCUCCCAUUCAGCAUCCCCCUCCCCUCCCCCGCCUCCACAUCCACAUCCACAUCCCCAUUUACCUACCUCUCCCAAACCUUCACCACCUUCUACCGGCGCAACCUCACCCACCCCUUCCCCCGCAACAUCUUCACCUUCCUCCCCGAGUUCAUAGCCCAAGCCACGCAGCUCCUAGCCUCCCCGCAACCAGAUCCGCUCCAGGCGCCCGCGCACCCGGGACUGAGCUCUCUGGGCCGCGUGAACGAGAUCCUCCCGGCCGUGGUGCGGGGAAAAGCGCGGGAGGUGAGGCUGCGCGAGUGGUGGAUUGCCAUGGAGGUGAUUGAUCGGUCGGCGUGGAUGCAUGUGUGGACGUGGGAGGGACGGUUGGUGUUGGCGGGGUGUUGGAAUGGGGCGUUUUAUGAAGAGGGGUUCGUGCGCGGGUUGUUGGAGGCGUGGAGGGGGUGUUUGGAAUUCUUGUGUGAGAUGGGGUUAUGGGUUAAUUUUGCUGAUGGUUGA